GUAGAGGAGGAUGAUGAUACUGAAUCACGAGAGGAAGAAGAGAAGGAAGAACUGAAAAGCUAUUCAAGAAGAAAGAUUUUUUCCAACUGGAGCCGCUAUGAGGAUACAGAAAAAGAGGGGCAGAGUGAAUGUGGGGAAUCACAGAGAGGAACAGACUUCAGUGUCUUGCUUAGCUCAGCAGGAGAUUCCUUUACACAGUUCCGAUUUGCUGAUGAGAAAGAAUGGGAUAGAGAAACCAUAUGCCAUAAGCAGUUAUCUGCACUUUCUGUUGACUGCCAGUCUUUGGUCCAGGCCCUUCAGGAAUUGCCUCUGCAUCUGAGGUUGAAUGUAGCUGCUGAACUUGUGCAGGCAUCAACACCUGUAGAGCUCCCACAGAUGAAAUCUAAGGUUAUUGAAGAUGGCAAGAGGAGAGAGCCUCUGUUCCGGCAGUCUCUGGCUCAAAGUGAAACGGUGCUGGUCUCCCACCCCAUUGGUGAUUCUGUUGCUCCAUCAGAGCCUGGAAGUAAAAAUGGUCCCAGGACAAGAGCAACAGAACCACUUCAGACAGCCCAUCCACUAUCAAAGCAAGAGACUGACUAUUUGGAUGAAGAACUAGAUCUGCUCCUAAAUCUAGAUGCUCCCAUUGAUACAGAUAACAGACCUGUGUCAGGUGCAUUAUCCCACAACAUACCAACUGAGAAAGAUUUGAAAAUGGAUUGUAAGGAAAAUGACCCUUUAAAACUAGAUGUGCCUGAAGAGAAGAGUACAGCAUCACAGCAACAGCAAAGCACAUCUAAAAACGUUACCGAGGAAGAGCUUGAAGAUUGGCUGGACAGCAUGAUUUCCUGAAGCUCAAAUCUUCUUAUGUGAAUAAUUGAAUAUAGCAAACAUUAGGUAGCAAGUUGAAUCUUCCUCUAUCUCCUUGUUAUUUCCUUUAUCUGUUUCAGGUUGUUCAUUAUGCCAAAUGCCCAGUUUUCUUUGCU